UCCCGUCAUUUCCGGUUUCGACGACGAACACUGGCGCACUUCCUGUCCGAGCCGACACCUGAGAUGACGGACGCGUACAAACGUCGCGGCGCCACAAACACUUCGCCUGAAAGAGGAGCGUCCCUAGGAGCCAAAAAUGAAACUUCUAGCGACCAGUCGACGGCGUUUCACAAGCUGCUGGCGGCCGCUUUUUACGGCCUUAGUUCCUUCCUCAUCGUCGUUGUCAACAAAAGUGUCCUCAGCAGCUACAGGUUCCCCUCGUCCAUGUGUCUGGGACUGGGCCAGAUGGUGGCCACUGUGCUGGUGCUGAGGACCAGCAAAAUGCUGGGAGUCAUCUCCUUUCCUGACAUGGACAUGACUAUUCCACGCAAGGUGUUUCCAGUGCCACUGCUGCAUGUUGCCAAUCAGAUGUCUGGACUCUUGGGGACACAACGUCUCAACUUACCUAUGUUCACAGUCCUGCGCAGGUUCAGCAUCUUGUUGACCAUGGUGUUUGAAGUCAUCCUGCUCAGGAAGUGGUACUCGGGGUACGUCCAAGUCAGUGUGGUGACCAUGAUGCUGGGAGCUGUGAUUGCUGCCAGCACCGACCUGACCUUUGACCCUCAAGGAUACACCUUCAUCAUGAUCAACAACCUGCUGACUGCAGCCUCCUCUGUUUAUCUCAAGAAGAAACUCAACUCACAGGACUUGAACACCUUUGGACUGCUGUACUACAACGCUGUCACCAUGGUCCUGCCCACGCUGCUCUACUGUUGGUACACAGGAGACCUGGCCAAGGGCGUGUACUUCCCCGGAUGGUGUGACUGGAUGUUUGCCACACAGUUCUUGCUGUCGUGUGUCCUGGGGUUUGUGUUGAUGCUGUCUGUGAUGACGUGCACGCACCACAACUCUGCCCUCACCACCUCCAUCGUGGGCUGCGUCAAGAAUGUGCUGGUCACCUACGUGGGCGUGGUCCUGGGUGGGGACUACAUCUUCUCCUGGACUAACUUCCUGGGUUUGAACGUGAGCAUCGCAGGGAGUCUGUUGUAUUGUCAGCUCACCUUCACUCAGCAGCACAGUAAGAACAUGUGAUGAUGAUGAUGAUGAUGAUGAUGCAGAGGUGGUGACUUGGGAGAGCCGGUGUCCAUCUUGUUUGUGUGGAAUAAUUAAAUGUUUGCCUUUUCAACUCUCAGUGGUUUAUUGAGGAGUCAUACUGGCGGCUUUGAAGAUCACAACUAAACAUUCUGGAUGGAGGGCGCCAAAGGAAAAGUUUCCUUUUCAAAGCGCACGUCCGCCAAGGAGAAGAAAAAUAGAUCCUUUGUGGAAGGUAAGAAAGUCAGACAAACAUUCAGUCUGGUGGAAGUGAGGAGGCAGGAAGUACCGCCAUCUUGGACGUGCCAUACGGUGAUGACAUCACUGAUGUCAGCUGCUCCUCACACAAACCUGACUCGGUUCAUUUCACCUUCAAAGUGCGUGUGUGUGUGCGUGUGUGUGUGUGUGUGUGUGUGUGUGUGUGUGUGUGUGUGUGUGUGUGUGUGCGCGCGCGCACGACAGAUGUCCUUUUGGUUAAAAAUAUAAAUAUCUGGAGUAGAAAAAUAAGUGUCUACAAAGGCGGGCUCAGAAGCUUCUUCUGGUCCUCCCAGUCUGCUUGCUUGCUUCCCAAUUAGGCUGAAAUCCAGCCUUCAGUUCUGCUGUGUUCUGGAAAGUUCCACUUGGGACAAAGGCUCCGCCUCCAUCUUCAACCUCUUGGCCGGCCUGUCGUGGUCCACGUCUCUGAGGUCCACCACUCGGUGGUCCGUGCCUCUGUGGUCCAGCUCUGUGUAGUCCAAGUCCUUGUGGUCCACAGGUCUUUCUGGGGAAACAUGAUGCUGGCAGCCGUUGGAGGCGUGGUCUGAGGCGGGAGGCGGGGCGUCGCCCGAAGGUCCGUUAGACUGUGGCGGUUCAGGUCUAGCUUGGUGGGGCGGGACCAGAUGUAGACCAUCUCCAACAUGGACACAACUGACACCUGGACAGGAAGGAUAAGAACCCUUAGGCGACCACAGAUAUCCACUUUAUCAUCAUCCAUUAUACUGUAUCAUCAUCAAACUACCACCACUAAACCAUUAUUAAACUCAUUUAACUACAA